GAGUCCGAGUGGCCGGAGGGGCAGAAGGACUGGUGCAGCUCCUGCCACGAGCACAGCGGAGACCUCCGGCUGAAGCGGAGCAAGCGACGGAGCUGCGCCCACUGUAGCAGCAAGGUGGGAGACCCCAAAGGCUCCAGGAACAAAGAGCCGGGCGAGUGUUUGGCGGAAGGCCGGGCCCAGCGGGAGCCCAGCCCUCAGCCGGAGGGGAAGGAGACCCCCGAGGGCCACACGGAGAGGAGAGACGACGGGGAAGCCGUCCCUGGCGGCCGGAUCAGA